UUGUCCGAUUUCUGGUGCAUUGAGUCCAUUGAGGCCCACGAUGAUGCCAUAAACGGGCUCGUGGCCCGAAGUGGGUCUGUUUACUCGUCCUCUGCGGAUAGGAGGAUUAAGGUUUGGGGUAAGGUAAGGAAAAAUGAAGGGCAUUCGGUUAAGGCGAUUUUGGAGGGCCGAAAGGACGUGUCUUUGAAUUCGGUGGCAGUUAGUGAGGACGGGAGGUUCGUGUAUGGAGGAUGUUCGAACGGGUUUAUAAUGGGUGGGUCGGCUAAUUCGAGUAUGUGUGUUUGGAGGACGGAAAAAGUGGGAGGGGGUUUGGCCCAACAUUUGGUGAUCAGGGGGCACGAGGGCCCGGUGAAGUGCAUGCGGGCUGGGCCAUCAAGGGUUGGGGGUGGUUUCUUGUUGUAUUGUGGGAUUGUGGAUAGAAGUGUGAGGGUUUGGUGGGUACCGGGUGAUUCGGAGAAGGAUUUGGAUUUGGAUUUGGAUUUAGUUCGGGUGAAGUGA